UCCUGCCGGCCCUUUCUGGAUCCGGGUCAGAGGGCGGCUCUCAGCUGGGCAGCCCCUGGCCCCGUUGGCUUCCGGCAAACUCCUGCCGGCGGAAAGGAGAGCGAGCGCCCGCCGCUGACUGCCCGGGGCCGGCGAGGCCCCGGCUCCUCCGCUGCCCGUCCCUGACCCCGGACUGGAUGUCUUCUCAGAGGUGAUAAAAUACCCAUAGGAUAAGGCUGAGAAAAUCUAAGGUAGAAGAAUACAUGUUCACUUUUAGUGAAGAAGAGCAUGUUCCCAAAUUCCUCCAACUUGGGUCGUCCACCCUUUCUUCCAAAACAUCAGCAGCACAAUAAUUUCUUCAGUGAGCUUCCUCUGAACAUACCACCCACUCUUCUCUCUCAUCAGCAAAUUGUUGAUGCUCGGUUCAACUUUCAGAAUGCAGCUCUUUCUAGAGCUCUCUUGAGUGGGAACCUUUCAACUAUUCCAGCUGUUUCGCCUCAGCCAUUGACGUAUGGAAAUGGCAGCUCAGGACCUACAUCAGCUGCCCCCACAUUAUUCCGAGGCAGGAAGAGGCUAAGUGAACAAAAUGUUCCUUAUGAUGUCAAACGUCAGCGGUUUCAUUCACCUCAUUGUGAGUCAACUCUAGUUAACCAAACAGUGCCUUCACCAGAAGAACGCAGAUACUCAUUCCCAGGAUCAAUUCCUUCACCAUUGUUUCAUGCACAUUACAUACCAGAUUUGACUGGAUGUGUUCCACCCUUGCGAGAUGCUCCAUUUCCAGACCCUAUAGAAACCACGCUCCCUGUGGCCAAAGAUAAGUUAAGUCAACAGGUUCUGGAGUUGUUUCAAGCAUGUCAGCAACAAACCUGCGACUUGAACAAAAAAGAGCUCUGCCGAACGGAACUCCAGAAGGAAAUUCAGCGAAUUUUUCCACAGAGCAGACUCUUCUUGGUUGGAUCCUCACUGAAUGGAUUUGGUACUCGUAGCAGUGAUGGUGACCUGUGCCUGGUGGUUAAAGAGGAGCCGGUAAAUCAGAAGACUGAAGCAAGGCAUAUACUCAGCUUAGUCCAAAAACUCUUCUGUACUAAACUUUCAAACUACAUUGAGAGACCUCAGCUGAUUCGAGCAAAAGUGCCAAUAGUGAAGUUCAGGGAUAAAGUCAGCUGUGUGGAGUUUGACUUGAAUGUAAACAAUGUUGUAGGAAUAAGAAAUACAUUCCUUCUCAGAACCUAUGCAUACAUUGAGAAUCGAGUUCGUCCAUUAGUACUGGUGGUUAAGAAGUGGGCAAGUUUUCAUGACAUAAAUGAUGCCAGUCGUGGUACUUUAAGCAGCUAUAGUCUUGUGUUGAUGGUUUUGCACUAUUUACAAACCCUACCUGAACCCAUCCUUCCAUCCCUCCAAAAAAAUUACCCAGAAUCUUUUAGUCCUACUAUGCAGCUGCACCUUGUACAUCAAGCCCCACGCACCGUUCCUCCUUACAUCUCCAAAAAUGGAUCAACUCUUGGAGACUUAUUAGUGGGCUUCUUCAAAUAUUAUGCCACAGAAUUUGACUGGAGUCACCAAAUGAUUUCAAUUCGUGAAGCCAGAGCCAUUCCAAGACCUGAUGGUAUUGAAUGGAGAAACAAAUUCAUUUGUGUAGAAGAGCCUUUUGAUGGAACAAACACAGCUAGGGCUGUACAUGAAAAGCAGAAGUUUGACAUUAUCAAGGAUGAAUUUCUAAAGUCAUGGCAGAGAUUACGAGACAAGAGAGACUUGAACUGUAUACUACCUGUAAGAGCAACUAUACAGAAAAGAUAAUUGGCUUCUUUCUUCUUCUUCUUCUUACUGGAGUCUGCUGAAAUAUAAAGAACAAUAUCAAAACCAAGAUGCAGUUUUCCCAUAGUUUUUUAUGAAGUGUUUUCUCUUUCAAGUUUUUGUUAAGGAAAUAUUUAUAAGAAAGAUUGCAUAUUUUAUUAUGACAUUUGUUAAUACAACCAUUCAUUCAAAGAUGGAUUUUCUAAAAAUCCUUGCACCAUUGACUUGUAUAGGAGACUAUUAUGACCCAAAUUUCAGACCACAGAACUAAAUUAAUUUUAAGGAAAAUAUCAGAGUAUAUUAAAUUGUUACCUUUAACUGUGUAAUGGUUAAUUCAACCACACUUAACACUGAAAUAAAGAAAUGAAGAGCUAAGCAAUGUAUAAAAGUCCAGCUGUUUCCUUAAAGCAUAGCACACAUUGCACGUUUCUUGAUAAAUAAGUAGGCUGUGCUUUACAACUGCUUAAAGCAGUAUGCACUUUUGCUCUACUUGGCACUUUCAAGUUUUAUUUCCCUCUUACAUGGAACAACAAUAACAAUUUAUCAACAUGGAAUUAUACCCUAGUUGUUGUUAUGCUCCAGGUCACAGGAAUUAUAAUCUAAACUGGAAUUUUUGAGCAGCAGAACUACUACAAAACAGUUGAAAUAAUCCAUGGUAAACCAAUGUAUGUAAAUGCUUAAUGUUCAUACAGAUUAGGUCAGAUAUCUAUUUUAAUGUUUCCUUUCCAUAUGCAAAGUAGUAGUGAUGGCUGCUUAAAGAAAAGCUGCUAAUAAGCCAAGUUUUUGUUUUGAUUUUGUGUAAAUAUUUGUAAAUUGGUCAGCUGCUGUAAAUUGAAAUUUAAAAAGUAAUCUUGAAAAUUUUAACUUUUCCAAAAAAAAAACAACCCAGUGAAACUUCUUUUAGACCUGCUGUAGCACAGUUUGUGCCUCUCAUGUAUUUGUUGUUGCAGACCAAUUCAUGUUAAAAUUGUUACUUCUCGAUGAUGUCAAAUUAAUAUUUUCAUUUUUUUCCUCUUGAGUUUAAUAUUUUGUAUGGUGUCCAGUGGAAUAAAGUUUAUGUACGGAAAAUAAAGAUAACUUUUCUGUUUCA